AUGUCUGACCACGGGGAAGUCGAGGUCGAAAACACUGCGGCCUUCCAGGUCCUCCCCAAGGAGGCUGUCGCGGAGAUGGGAACCGUGAAGCUCUUCAACAAGUGGAGCUACGAGGAUGUUGAGAUCAGGGACAUUUCCUUGACCGACUACAUCCAGAUUCGUAACCCCGUCUACCUUCCUCACUCCGCCGGUCGUUAUGCCGCCAAGCGUUUCCGCAAGGCCCAGUGCCCCAUCAUUGAGCGUCUGACCAACUCGCUCAUGAUGAACGGCCGCAACAACGGCAAGAAGCUCAUGGCUGUGCGCAUCGUUGCUCACUCUUUCGAGAUCAUCCACAUCAUGACCGACCAGAACCCCCUCCAGGUCGCCGUUGAUGCCAUUGUCAACUGUGGUCCCCGUGAAGACAGCACCCGUAUCGGUUCCGCUGGUACCGUCCGUCGUCAGGCCGUUGAUGUUUCUCCCCUCCGCCGUGUCAACCAGUCCAUUGCCCUCUUGACCAUCGGUGCCCGUGAGGCCUCUUUCCGUAACAUCAAGAGCAUUGCUGAGUGCCUCGCUGAAGAGCUUAUCAACGCUGCCAAGGGAAGCUCGAACUCCUAUGCCAUCAAGAAGAAGGACGAGCUUGAGCGUGUUGCCAAGAGCAACCGGUAA